GCCCACUUUCUUCGGAGUUGGGUUAGAAUUUGACCAUCAUUCCUGAGUUCGGUGUCCUUUUUUUUUUUACCCUCCCCGCUUCUGCGUACACACGGACAAAUCCCAAUUAACUCAAUUGCACACGCGUGUAUCAAUUGAUCGAGCGUGACUGCGGAUUUUUCCCCGCAGAAAAAACUUACGAAAGGGAAAAAAGGUCCGCCUAAGGAAAACCAAAAAGGAAAAUAGAGUAAGGCAAGACCGAAAAAAAAAGAAGCAUAUCAAAAUGUACGACGUUCUCGUGAUCGGAGCUGGAUUGAGUGGUCUCCAGGCAGCGCUCACGGCGCAGCAGGCAGGUCUGUCUGUUGUGGUGGUCGAGGCGCGGGACAGAGUGGGCGGCAAGACGUGGAGUGUGCCACUGGCGUCGGGACGAGGAUGUGUGGAACUGGGAGCAGCAUGGACCAACGACACGAACCAGCGGCGCAUAUGGGCGUACGUGCAAAAGUUUGGACUGAAAAUGUUCCAGCAGCCCAUUGGCGGGGACUGCGUCAUGUAUGAGAAUAGCACGACAAAGCACAAGUUUCCAUUCGGUACUACGCCGAAGUUUUCUACGGAAGAAACAAAGGACCUUGAGCGUCUCCGGGACGCGAUUGCCGCCAAGACCCUGACCGCGUCCGGCGAUCCCGAGGACGAUAAGAUCACCUUGGAGGAAUUCGGCAAGAAGCUCGGCGCGACCCAGAAGACUCUCGAUAUGAUCAAUCUCUGGGCACGAGUCAUGCUUGGUGUUGAGCACUCUGAACUCUCGGCGGAAUACUUUUUCGACUAUUGCCGUCGUGGAGGCGGCUUCUACCAGAUGCGGUCGGACGCCAAGGACGGUGCGCAGUAUCUUCGGUUCCAGGACGGUUCGCAGUCUGUUUCCAAGGGCAUCGCAAGCCUGAUUGGGCACGCAAACAUUCAGCUCUCGACGCCAGUGGCGUCUGUGGAGGACCGUGGCUCAUAUGUCAUCACCACCUCGACAGAUGGCAAGCGGUUCAGGUCGAAGAAGGUGGUCCUUUCGGUCCCCAGCACAUUGUACAAGGACAUUACCUUCUCCCCGGCCCUGCCUGGACCAAAGCGCAGAGUCACCGAUACCACGAUCCUGGGAGACUAUAGCAAGACGAUUGUCUGCUACGACAGGCCGUGGUGGCGAGACCUGGGCUUCAACGGAAUGUGCUUGUCCUAUGAGGGCCCCAUUAUUGUCGGUCGCGACACUAGUGUUGAUGACAAGGGCCAGUAUUCAUUCACCUUCUUUUGCAAUGGUGGCCCAAGCCGCGAGUGGACAAAGUUGCCACCUCACGAGCGCCGCGCCAAAGUCCUGCAACACUUGGCGGCAAUGUUCGACAACCACCCGGAAGUCUACAAGCCGAUUGAAGUAUUCGAGCAGGAGUGGCAAAAGGAACAAUACAGCAAGGGCGCGGUUUGCCCCGUCACUGAGGUCGGGCUGCUGUCUGAGCUCAAUGCCGAGUACAGAGCACCUGCGGGCAACCUGCACUUUGUUGGUACUGAAUAUGCCGCUGAGUGGAAGGGAUACAUGGAAGGUGCCGUAUGCUCGGGCGAAGAUGGCGGAAAGGAAGUCGUUGAAGCUCUAAGAGCAGACAAGAAGCUGCAAGCGAGACUGUGA